GGCUCAACCUGGUGGACAGCUCAGAUCGGUGAUUGCAGGCUCCACGCGCGCACCCUACCAAUUUGUGGGGGGAACCAGCCACACCGCUCCGGAGCAAGGACCCAGGUCGAGGGAGGAAAGAGGACGGCGCCGAGGGGACAGGUCCGCAGCGGAAAAGGUGAGCUUUUGCUGGAACGCCUUGUGCCUUGGUCGAGCCUCUGCAUCCCUAUGAUGAGGACCCAGAUUGGACCCAGACGCCCAGACAUCGCUCCAGCCUUGUUGGAAGGGACCCAAGAUGCCCAACGCCCACCAGACGACCCGACACCCACCAGACUACAGCCCUGCCUACGUCACUCCGGACGCUGACGCUUGGCACGGCUCCAGGAUCCAGCAUGGAUUGAAAGAGAACAUUUUCACAUUUUCUUUUCUUUCCUUUCGCAUAACUGAACUUUAUUGAAGGUACCUGGGCCUGGUUUGCUUUACGCCACCCCUGCAGAGGAGGGUGUCUAGUGGAUCUUUUCUUUCAGCGUAAUUACACCCCAGCCCACUCUCUAGCACUUACCUAAGCCCCUCCCCGUGCAUACAAUGGCUCAAAUACGACUGUGGGUCCCCAUGCUGGUAUUUCUGCUGCCUUUGACCUUUGAAAUGCCAAUACCACUCACAGUGACCAGACAACUGCUGCAAUCGUGGGGGGCCCACCACACAUAUAAUAAGUGGAUUCAGGUUGCUGAGAUGGUUGCGUUCUCUGCAAAUCGGACCAAUUGUGCCGUCUGCACUCUGGCCCCUGUAGAUGCUCUGGGAGGAAUGCCACUCCUCCCUGUGCCUUGGAAUGAAUCCUUGGUUACAACUCCACUUGUUGCCUUCCAGCCUCUGGGCAACCAUUCUUCUUUAUGGAAUCAUUCCGUCCCUUUCCAGGUUCACAGGAUCACUGGCUGCCUUUGUGUCAACAAAUCAAAUGACACAAGUGACGCUCAGACCUAUGUGGGCACUUCCCACUGUGAUCGUACCUUCCCAGCCCCGACUAACAUGUUUGAGUCCGAGGCAGGAACCUUUUCUGGUUCCAAUUUGAUUGCAUGCCUGGCCCGCUUGCUGAGAGGCACCAUAUCUGCCCAUGGUCAGGACGUUUACUGGGUGUGUGGCAGGAAGGCCUAUCAUGCCCUCCCAAGAGGAUGGUAUGGGGUCUGUUUUCCAGCCUACUUAAUACCCCCCAUGUGGAUUCCUGACCAGAUUGCCUCUGCACCCCGUAGAAGGAGGCGUUCGGCUGACCUGGCACCACUUGCAGGUGGCAACUCCCAGAAUUGGGGCAAAAAUCAGUGGCCUCCGGAAAGGAUACUGGCCCAUUAUGCUCCAGCCUCAUGGAAUCGGGGAGAGAAAAUCUCUGGGGCAAGGGGGCCGAUCUAUAACUUGAACCGCGUAAUCAGACUCCAGGCAGUGGUAGAGAUUGUUGCUAACACGACAGCCACGGCCCUUAGGCUAAUUGCCACGCAAUUGGAUGAGACACGCAAUGCGUUUCUCUCAGUCCAAUUAGCAUUGGACUUUCUCCUGGCGCAACAUGGAGGCUUUUGUGCAGCGUUAAAUCUCACAGGUGGAGCAUGUUGCUUCAACAUUUCAGACCAUGGCGAGGCUAUCCGUGAUCUGGCAGCAAGCAUUGAAAAGGUAGCACAUGUUCCUGUACAAACCUGGGAGGGCUGGGAUAUGUCUUGGUUGGACGGCAUCUUCCCAGGUGGAUGGAUGGGGAGGAUAUUUACUAUGGUGAUAGGUCCAAUAAUGCUUCUAUUGCUUUUCUGCUUCUGUAUGCCCUGCUUGAUGCAAUGUAUGCAAAAUAUGAUGGAGAAGAUGAUGUCUCGCAUGAUGGGACCUCGCGUGAUUGCUUUCAUGAGAGAUUAUAGACCCCUACCCCAGAACGAACCUAAGUAAUAGGUUGUUCAUAAGAAGAGGAGGGAUUGAAGGGAGAGGGAAGGGUUGCUUUCUAUAUUUUGUACCUUUGCUUUCUAUAUGUUGUACCUUUGCUUUCUAUAUUUUGUACCUUUGCCUAAGAAGGAUCUUCAUAUUCUUCUAUACCUUGGAUCUAAGUCAAUUUCUGAGCUAGAAAUAACUUCACCUGCAAAAAAGGCCCCUCGAAGGAAUGCAAGAUAAGACAGAGGCUAGAGACAGCCAGACCUGCAGAAUAGCCUCGCUUUCUUACCUUAGGAAUGCAAGAUAAAAA